AUGUUUACUUGGAGAGGGCCAGUGUUUCAUGGUGGUCAAAGAAUCUAUGAAAAAUUGGAUAGAGCGAUGAGUAAGGAUGAGUGGAGACUUAUGUUUCCAGACGCAUACGUGAAAGUUUUAUUGAGGGUUGAAUUUUCAGAUCAUCAUCCCAUUCUUAUUAACUUGAAAGAUGAGGAAUUUGUUUAUCAGGGGAAGCCUUUUAGGUUUGAAAAUGCUUGGUUGACCAAUGAAUCUUAUAACGACAUGUUGCUGGAUACGUGGAAUGCUGAAGAUCCUCUAAUUUCGAAUUUGAAAAAGGUAGUGGAUAGUAUUGAUAAGUGGAAAUUUCUUUCUUUUGAAAAAGUGAAGAGACAAAAAAAGGAGUUGAUGAAGAGACUUGAAGGGGUUCAAAGGAAGUUGCAAUGUAUGCAUAAUACUGGGGGUAUGAGGAGACAGGAGAUUAAGUUGUAG